AUGUUCCGGAGCAAGACGAAGAAAGAUGGCGGCCGUAAACGUCGCGAGGUGGAACUUAAAAGCGAUAGUAUUGAAGUUGCUGUAUCUGGAAAUGUUAAUGCUACGUCCUCGGCUGAAAUUCCGGUGUCCAACGCUUCGGAAACGACCGAGAACGACCUUUAUGUGCUGGACCAAUUACGUCGCAGUCGCUCUCGAGCUGUUAAGGGUGCUAUGACGUUCAACUCGAAGCGUAGAAGCAUUAGAUCAAGUAAAAUCGAUGCUAUUACUACGGGUUUGCAGCUGGAAGAGACGGGCCUGCUCUUGAGUUUUGAUGAUAACGAAAAAAAGACAAAGAAGAGAAAGAUACGACCGAAUAUCGUGGCUUCUAAUGAUGUAAAAGUGGAUGUAGAGGUAGAAUCUCAUGGACGUUACUCGGUCGAGAUGUUGGCAGCUUUGAGGAGUGAGCAGAGUGUGCUGCUGUCGAGUAACAAAGAGGUGAUUCAGGUAGAAAAAGGAGAGGAUGAAGAUGUGAAGAAAUUGGUGGUAGAAGAAGAGGAGGAGGAAGAAGAGGAGUUUAUUGCGCUGGAUGGGGAAGAGAAGAUGAAAAUGGGACGACGCACGACGAACCGGGUGAAUUUUGGAGUACAUUUGGAGUGUCUGGGCAUCUCCAAGAAGGUUGAAGUGAUAGAGGAGAUUAUUUCGGAUGGAGGAGACGAAGAGGAGGAACAAAAUAGAAGAUGGGAGGAAGAACUCAUGCGCCGUGGUGGACAUCGUGUGCAGCAGCCCUCGGAGACGAACGGCAGGCUGGCGCGCGAUGGACUGCCGACCUAUCCGACAAGAAAGAAAGUGACAUGUGUGUCGCUAGGAAAUGUACUUGGAAAAUUGGAAAAGAGUGUCGAGUUGACAUCGCUUGAAGACCAACUUGCGUUGCGCGAGCUAGCUCGGAUUGAAGCCGAGACUGCUUUAAUGGAGACGGCGUUGAAACAGCAACAAGAAGAGCUCCUUACUAGCAGUGAAGAGUUUGAGUUUUUCCAAGAGGUGGAAGAUUUUGUAAAAGGCUUGAGCUUUUGUUUACGUGCAAAAGUCCGGGUCAUUACAGCAAUGGAGGAGAAAAUAUUCGACGAUCGUGCUCGACGGGUAAAAGACAAGCAACAAGAAGAGCAGCAUGGCAUCGCCCAGGAGGUGCAAUAUUAUCUAAGCUCUGGGAAACUACAGCAAGCCGAUAUUGUUGGCCUGAAUCAGUUGAACCUGCACUCUAGUGGAGACGAUACCGAUGUGUCAUCUGUUCACGACUCUGAUACUUCUCGUAUGCAGAAGUAUCAAUCGCAUUUUACCGAGUCCUACGUAGCCGAUCCGCAUCAUACAGAGGAAGAUUUGUUUGCUGAUGCAAUUAAUGAAAUCAACUCGCUCGAGCGUGUGUAUAGACGAUUUCAGGAGUGGAAGGCAAAGUUCCCUCAAGUGUACAGGGACGUGUACUGCGAAUUAGCGCAAGAAAAACUUCUUGCCCCAUACGUGCAAGCAGAAAUGCUCCAUUGGGAUCCACUGGCAGUGGCAGACGAACAGACACAGCUGGGUAAAUCCUGGUCGCUUGACGAUUUUGCUUGGUUUCGAAUUUUGCAUCAGCACCUAGCUGAAUUAGGGGACGGAAGCCGAAAAGGUGAGAACGUUGAUGGCCCGAUCCUGUAUCAGAUACGUGAUGUACUACUUGGAAAGGUUCGUACAGCUAUUUCAAGCUAUUUUGAUCCGUACUCAAGCCUGCAAACGCGCAGCCUGUCGCUGGUGCUGGAAGAAAUCAGCCGACACGGCUAUUGUGCACACCUUGAAGCAGCUGUUCAGAUCUUGGUGAGCACAGCGCUCGAUGCCUUUUCGAGCGAAGCGAAGCGCGCGGUUCUUGUUGCAAUCAAUCAACACGCAGCCACGUUAUGCGAGGAUGUUAACUUGUUUGCCCGUUAUCUGCUAGAAAGAUUCAACACGCUCCAAGACAAUUUGCUCACUCUCUUCGUGGCUCUUCCCAAAGGAACAAUCGCUGCAAGUGGUUUUCGUUGUUUACUUCAAGUACUUUAUCAACUCCUCGAGUACGUUCGACAGUGCCAGGAAACUCACAAGACACAACUAGUAAAGACGGCUACGCAGAUAGUACGACAGCUUUCCGGUUCCUCGUAUUUGCUUCAACUUCUAUCAGAGCCAAGCCAAGAACGUGAACUUAUGCACAUACUGGAACUGUUCAAGCCAUUCCUACAAACCACUACUCAAUAG